AUGUAUAUACGCGAGGACAAAGAAGAAUAUAAAAGGAAAAAGGCAGUAUUGGAUACUCGAACUGCUAGAAUUUAUUGUAUUUUUAAGACAGAUAGUAUGGGACAGCUAGAUGGAAAUGAAUUGAUUUAUGAAGAAAUGAAAACAGAAUGUGGCUUGCUUAGUAUGCAUCUUCCGGGAAAUGGGAUAUCUGAAGAGAGUACGGAGCAUGGUAUUCCGAGUAUUUCCCGAUUAUUAGAAUUAAAAAAAGAUAUGAAGGAUGUUUUUGCAAAGAUUCAGAAGAAACAGGAAAUUUUGGAAGAAGAAUUGCGAGAUAUUCAAGUUAAAUAUAAAGAAUGGCUCUCAAAGGACUUGGAUACUAGCGUAUCGAUGGACAAAUCAGAAGAAGCCGUGAAAAAAGUGGGAAAAAUAAAUGUAAAUGACAAUAUAGUAUCCCGAAGAUCUCAACUUCCAAGUGAACCAAUUCAAACAAAGGAUGACUCUAAGGAAAAAUUUAUGUUAAGUGAAACUUAUUGUGAAUCCCUUAAAGAGAUCAAUGAAUCUACGGAGCUGCAGGGAUUACCUGAAGUACCUUUUUCAGAAAAAAAAAAUAUUUAUGAUGAUAUUUUACAUAUUUCAGAUCCUGAGGAAUUAAAACAGCGUUUAGGGGUUUCUUAUUUUCCUACUGUUGAUCUUUCCGAUAAGCUUCCUGGAGAUCCUGUUAAUGAAGAUUUUUCUAAAAUCAAAGCACCUAUUCAAGUAUCUAUUUCUACGUAUUAUGCAUACUUGGAACCCUUUUAUCGGCCUUUUUCUGAAGAAGAUAUAGCCUUUUUGAAAGAAAAAGGAGAUGAGUUGACGACAUACAUGAUUCCUCCUUUGGGUAUAUUUUCUGAAAAUGUAUGGAGCUCGGAAGACCCAUCUAAUAUAGCCUCUUCUGGGUUUAAUGCUAUUUCUUCUGUUCCUUAUGGAUCACCUAGUCAAUUAACAGAUGAACAUUUAUAUACAGAGGAAAUAUCAUGUGGGCCGUUGUUAGAGCGGCUUUUGUGCGCAAUAUUAAAGGAAGAAAAUGUUUCAGAUGAUGAACAGAAAACAGAUGAUAAUGAAAAGGAUUCAGAUUUAUCCAAUUCUGGAAGCAAGAUUCCCAUUAUUAAAGCUGAUUAUCAUACCCUUGAAGAAAGAUUAAAAAGAGAGCUUAGAUAUAUAGGUAUUUUGGGUGAAAAAGAGAUCGAUUGGAAUAAUCGAGAAGAUGAUGAAAUAUCAUCAAAUUUACGAUCUCUACAGUCUCAGCUAAGACGACAAUGCGCUAUCAAUUCAGCAAGAAAAAAUAAAUUAAUUAAAUUAAUAAAAGAGCAUCUUGCGUAUCAAGAAUAUUCUGUUAUUUUAAACGAUCUUAAUAAACAACUUGAACAAGCUUUUUUAAGAAGGUUUAAAAGUAUUGAAGCAAAAAAGAAAAAAACUAUAGGGAAUGCCAAUUCAACUGAUAGUGGCUCCGGAAAAAUAGGACUAAGUAAUCAUAUUCAUGCAUUAAUGCAACGAAGGAAAAAAUGGAUUGAGAAAGUGGGAUCAAUAUUUACACCAAUUGAGAAAUAUACACGAUUACCUACAGAUACAAUCUAUGAUGAUUUUGAUAAUGUAAACACAGAUGAAAUUAUAGACGAAAUUGAGAUAUAA